AUGGCCUCGCCGACACCCACGGCUUGCAGGCCGCCACGCCCCAUCCCCCCUUACGUCGCUGACCUCGUCGACUCAUCCUUCGCCGAGUUCAAGCGUCUGUCCAAGUCCAUCGUCGCCAAGGCAGCCGCCUUCGAACGACUCAAGACGACCCCGCCCAAGAGCCUGGCCUCCAAGGGCGACAUCCAGAUGUCCAAGGCGCUCCAAGCAGCGGACCCCGCAGCCUGCCUCGAAGUCAAGACCCGCUGGGCCGACCAGAAGGCAGCGAACGAAGCGGCGCAACACGCGAUCAUCCUCGCUGUGUGUGAAGCCGAGCUCAAGACCCUCAAGACCGCGAUCGACCAAGUCGUCCCGUCCUUAGGCAUAGCUAUAGAUGAGUACUUAGCAAUAGUUAACCCGGACGCCGCAGUCGGAGGAAGUAAAAAAUAUUGCAAUUUUAUCGCUAUCCUCCAUGAUCACGAGUACGAAAUUUGA